AUGGCAUCCGCCGCCCUCAAGUCGCGCAUCCAGCGCGCAUCCAUGCUCGCCAAGGUGUGCCAGCCGCAGGACCUGCUGCACCACUUCCCCAACGGCACCUACAUGGGCUGGUCCGGCUUCACCGGCGUCGGCUAUCCCAAGAAGAUCCCGACGUUCUUGGCCGACCACGUCGAGAAGAACAACCUGCAGGGCCAGCUGCGCUACUCUCUCUUUGUCGGCGCGUCCUCGGGCGCCGAGACGGAGAACCGCUGGGCCGCGCUCGACAUGAUUGAGCGCCGCUCGCCGCACCAGGUCGGCAAGUCCAUCGCCAAGGGCAUCAACGACGGCUCCAUCAAGUUCUUCGACAAGCACCUGUCCAUGUUCCCCGUCGACCUGGUGUACGGCUACUACACCAAGGACCGCCCCAACGGCCACCGCGGCCUCGACGUGGCCGUGGUCGAAGCCACCGACAUUCUGGCCGACGGCAGCAUCGUGCCGGGCGCCUCGGUCGGCGCCACGCCCGAGCUCAUGCAGAUGGCCGACAAGAUCAUCAUCGAGGUCAACACGGCGCUGCCCAGCUUCGAGGGCCUGCACGACAUCACCACGACAGACCUGCCGCCGCGGCGCAAGCCGUACCUGAUCACGGCCGUCGAGGACCGCAUCGGCACCACGUCGAUCCCGCUCGACCCCGAAAAGGUCAUUGGCGUCGUCGAGUCCGACUACCAGGACCAGACGCUGCCCAACGCGCCCGGCGACGCGGCCGCCUCCCAGAUCGCCGGCCACCUGAUUGAGUUUUUUGAGCACGAGGUCAGCCACGGCCGCCUGCCGCCGUCGCUGCUGCCGCUGCAGUCGGGCAUCGGCAACAUUGCCAACGCCGUCAUCGGCGGCCUGCAGAACGCCAAGUUCUGGCACCUCAAGGUGUGGACCGAGGUGAUCCAGGACACCUUUUUGGACCUCUUUGACUCGGGCCACCUCGACUUUGCCACGGCCACGUCGAUCCGCUUCUCCCCCGACGGCUUCAAGCGCUUCUACGCCAACUGGGCGUCGUACAAGGACCGGCUGCUGCUGCGCUCGCAGCAGGUGUCCAACAGCCCCGAGCUGAUCCGCCGCCUCGGCGUCAUCGGCAUGAACACCCCCGUCGAGGUCGACCUGUACGCCCACGCCAACAGCACCUGCGUCAACGGCUCGCGCAUGCUCAACGGCCUCGGCGGCUCCGCCGACUUUUUGCGCAACGCCAAGUACUCCAUCAUGCACACCCCCUCCGCCCGCCCCUCCAAGUCCGACCCCCACGGCAUCUCCUGCAUCGUGCCCAUGUGCACGCACGUCGACCAGACCGAGCACGAUCUCGACGUCGUCGUCACCGAGCAGGGCCUGGCGGACGUCCGCGGCCUCAGCCCCCGCGAGCGCGCCCGCGUCAUCGUCAAGAAGUGCGCCCACCCGCUGUACCAGCCCAUCCUGAGCGACUACCUCGACAAGGCCGACGCGUACUGCCUGAAGCGCGGCAUGGGCCACGAGCCGCACCUGCUGUACCAGGCCUUUGACCUGCACCGCGCGCUGGACGAGCAGGGCAGCAUGCUCAAGUUCAACGGCUGGAAAUAG